AGAAGGCUGGAGGAGACCUGAAGGAUGGCCACCACAACUAUGAAGCCGUUGUCAUUCUGGAUGCUGGUGCUCAGUAUGGGAAGGUCAUAGACCGAAGAGUGAGGGAAAUGUUUGUGCAGUCUGAAAUCUUCCCCUUGGAAACACCAGCAUUUGCCAUAAAAGAACAAGGAUUUCGUGCUAUUAUCAUCUCUGGAGGACCUAAUUCUGUGUAUGCUGAAGAUGCUCCCUGGUUUGAUCCAGCAAUAUUCACUAUUGGCAAGCCUGUUCUUGGAAUUUGCUAUGGCAUGCAGAUGAUGAAUAAGGUAUUUGGCGGUACUGUGCACAAAAAAAAUGUUAGAGAAGAUGGAGUCUUCAACAUCAGUGUGGAUAACACCUGUUCAUUAUUCAGGGGCCUUCAGAAGGAAGAAAUUGUUUUGCUUACACAUGGAGAUAGUGUAGACAAAGUAGCUGAUGGAUUCAAGGUUGUGGCACGUUCCGGGAACAUCGUAGCAGGUAUAGCAAAUGAAUCUAAAAAAUUAUAUGGAGCACAGUUCCACCCUGAAGUUGGCCUUACAGAAAAUGGAAAAGUGAUACUGAAGAACUUCCUUUAUGAUAUAGCUGGGUGCACUGGGACCUUCACUGUACAGAAUAGAGAACUGGAAUGCAUACGAGAGAUCAAAGAACGAGUAGGCACAUCAAAAGUUUUGGUUUUGCUCAGUGGUGGAGUAGACUCAACAGUUUGUACAGCUUUGCUAAAUCGUGCUCUGAACCAAGAUCAAGUCAUUGCUGUACACAUUGAUAAUGGCUUUAUGAGAAAACGAGAAAGCCAGUCUGUCGAAGAGGCCCUCAAAAAGCUUGGAAUUCAGGUCAAAGUGAUCAAUGCUGCUCAUUCUUUCUACAAUGGAACAACAACUCUACCAAUAUCAGAUGAAGACAGGACCCCACGGAAAAGAAUUAGCAAAACAUUAAAUAUGACUACAAGUCCUGAAGAGAAAAGAAAAAUUAUCGGGGAUACUUUUGUCAAGAUUGCCAAUGAAGUAAUUGGAGAAAUGAACCUGAAACCAGAGGAGGUUUUCCUUGCCCAGGGUACUUUACGGCCGGAUCUAAUUGAAAGUGCAUCCCUUGUUGCAAGUGGCAAAGCUGAGCUCAUCAAAACCCAUCACAAUGACACAGAGCUUAUCAGAAAGCUGAGAGAAGAGGGAAAAGUAAUAGAACCUUUGAAAGAUUUUCAUAAAGAUGAAGUAAGAAUUUUAGGCAGAGAGCUUGGACUUCCAGAAGAGUUGGUUUCUAGGCAUCCAUUUCCAGGCCCUGGCCUGGCCAUCAGAGUAAUAUGUGCUGAAGAACCUUAUAUUUGUAAGGACUUUCCUGAAACCAACAAUAUUUUGAAAAUAGUAGCUGAUUUUUCUGCAAGUGUUAAAAAGCCUCAUACUCUCUUACAAAGAGUCAAAGCCUGCACGACGGAAGAGGACCAGGAAAAGCUGAUGCAGAUUACUAGUCAGCAUUCACUGAAUGCCUUCUUGCUGCCGAUUAAAACUGUAGGUGUACAGGGUGACUGUCGUUCCUACAGUUACGUGUGUGGAAUCUCCAGUAAAGAUGAACCUGACUGGGACUCUCUUGUUUUCCUGGCUAGGCUUAUACCUCGCAUGUGUCACAACAUUAACAGAGUUGUUUAUAUAUUUGGUCCACCAGUUAAAGAACCACCUACAGAUGUUACGCCCACUUUCUUGACAACAGGGGUGCUCAGUACUUUACGCCAAGCUGAUUUUGAGGCCCAUAAUAUUCUGAGGGAGUCUGGGUAUGCUGGGAAAAUCAGCCAGAUGCCAGUGAUUUUGACCCCUUUACAUUUUGAUCGGGACCCACUUCAGAAGCAGCCUUCAUGCCAGAGAUCUGUGGUUAUUCGAACAUUUAUUACCAGUGACUUUAUGACUGGCAUACCUGCAACUCCUGGCAAUGAGAUUCCUGUAGAGGUGGUGUUAAAGAUGGUCACUGAGAUUAAGAAGAUUCCUGGUAUUUCUCGAAUUAUGUAUGACUUAACAUCAAAGCCCCCAGGAACUACUGAGUGGGAAUAAUAAACUUCUUGUUCUAUUAAAGUACUGUGUGCAGUUUAAA